GCGCAGAGCGAGGCGCGGGGGCGGCGCGCGCGGUGCGGGCGCUGCGCGGCUGCGCGGGGCGCGUGCUUGGUGGCGGCUCGGUCCCGGCCCGCGCCCGCGGCGCCCCAGCUGCGGCCCCAGCGGCCUGGCUGCGCGAUCGCUGCGCAGCGAUGGCUCGGCCGCCGGGGCGGUGGUGCCCGGACGCUUGGGCGCCGCUGCUCUUGCUGCUGCUGCUGACCGGGCCCGCCACCUGCGCCGCCAGCCCCGCGGACGACGGCGCGGGCCCAGGGGGCCGGGGACCCCGAGGCCGCGCGCGGGGUGACGCGGGAGCCGACGAAGCGGUGCCGCGCCACGACUCCUCCUAUGGCACCUUCGCGGGGGAGUUCUACGAUCUGCGCUACCUGUCCGAGGAGGGUUACCCUUUCCCUACUGCUCCUCCUGUGGAUCCAUUUGCCAAAAUCAAAGUAGAAGACUGUGGAAAAACUAAGGGAUGCUUUAGAUAUGGCAAACCAGGCUGUAACGCAGAGACCUGUGACUACUUCCUUAGCUACCGGAUGAUAGGGGCUGAUGUGGAAUUUGAGCUGAGCGCAGACACUGAUGGCUGGGUAGCAGUUGGAUUCUCUUCAGACAAGAAAAUGGGUGGCGAUGAUGUCAUGGCCUGCGUCCAUGAUGAUAACGGCCGGGUCCGCAUCCAGCACUUUUAUAACGUGGGCCAGUGGGCAAAAGAGAUCCAGAGAAAUCCUGCCAGAGAUGAAGAAGGCGUUUUUGAGAACAAUCGAGUCACCUGCAGAUUCAAACGCCCUGUCAAUGUUCCCAGAGACGAAACUAUUGUCGACCUGCAUUUGAGUUGGUAUUAUCUGUUUGCUUGGGGUCCAGCCAUUCAGGGCUCCAUCACCCGACAUGAUAUAGACUCUCCACCGGUGUCAGAGCGCGUUGUCAGUAUUUACAAGUACGAAGACAUUUUCAUGCCAUCGGCUGCCUAUCAGACCUUCUCAUCUCCUUUCUGUCUGCUUCUCAUUGUUGCUCUGACCUUCUACUUGUUGAUGGGAACCCCUUAACCACAGCUGCAAGGCCAGUAGACUAAAUGGAUCGGAAAGCCUUUAGUAUAAAUCUAUAUUUUCAAGACUAUCCAGUAUAAUUUUAGCUUCUGUUUAUUUUAAAACAACACAUGAUUUCAGCUUUUUGGGAGAA